CGCAGCUUCUGGUUCCGGCUGCGGCUGCAGGACGCGCGCUUCCAGGGGAAAAAGCUGGCGUUUCUGGUGCUGCGGCACAAGCUGGACACCGUGCAGGCGGUGAUCAGCGCGCGCAGCGACGAGGCGUUGCUGCCCGUGAUCGAGUUCGUGAAGCAGGUGCCGCUCGAGAGCAUCGUCGACCUACACUGCUCGGUGGUGAAGGCGGACCGCCAGAUCGAAGCCGCGACCGUGCAGUUCGAGCUCUCGGUGCAGAAGCUCUUUUGCUUUUCGCGCCGCGUGAAGCCGCUGCCGUUCGUGCUGAAAGACGCGAACCGCCCGGAGACGGACGCCGAGGGCCCGGUGGUCAGCCAAGACACGCGGCUCGACGCGCGCGUGUUGGACUUGCGCACGCUUGCGAUGCAGGCCGUCUGCCGCAUCUCUUCGGAAACGUGUCAACUGUUCCGCGAGUUUUUGAACGCGAACGGCUUCACCGAGAUCCACUCGCCGAAGAUCAUCGGCGGCACGAGCGAGGGCGGCUCGAACGUGUUCAAGCUCAGCUACUUUGGGAGCGAGGCGUGUCUCGCGCAGUCGCCGCAGCUGUACAAGCAGAUGGCGAUCUGCGGCGACCUCGGGCGCGUCUACGAGAUCGCGCCCGUGUUCCGCGCCGAAAACUCGAACACGCACCGGCACAUGUGCGAGUUCGUCGGGCUGGACCUCGAGAUGGAGUUUCAGAACCACUACUCCGAGGUGCGUCGUCUGAUCUCUGCCCUGUUCUUCCACAUCUUCGAAGGGCUGAACGCGCGCUGCGCGCGUGAGAUCGCGACGAUCUUCAAGCUCUACCCACGCGAGCCGUUUCAGUACAAGCCAGCUGCGGGCAGCGCCACCAAAUUCCUCGAGUUCACCUUCGCGGAGGGCUGCGAGAUGCUGCGCGCAGCGGGCCACGAGAUUCCUGCGGAUAUCAGCGAGUUCGACAUUAACACCACACAGGAGAAGGAGCUCGGCGCGCUGGUCAAGCAAAAGUUCGGCACGGACUUCUAUGCGAUGUACGAGUACCCGACGGCGGUGCGCGCGUUCUACUCGAUGCCGAAGCCGGAAGACCCCGUGUUCUCGCACAGCUACGACUUCUUCAUGCGCGGCGAAGAAAUUUUGAGCGGCGCGCAGCGCAUCCACGACAGCGCGAUGCUCGAGGCGGCAGCGGUGCGCGCGGGCAUCAACCCGCAGACGAUCCGCAGCUACAUUGAGGCGUUCCAGUACGGCAGCUACAUGCACGGCGGCUGCGGCGUCGGGCUCGAGCGCGUGGUGAUGUUGUUCCUCGGACUGAACAACAUCCGCAAAACCUCGAUGUUCCCGCGCGACCCGAAGCGGCUGGCGCCGUAG